GUAGAGCUCACCCAUCAUCCCUGAUUUCCAGGACAACCAGCAUUUCGAUCGCACAGGAGCUGCAACCUAGACUGGGAAAACAUGGGUCUGAAGCUGCCUGAGUCCCGACUAUGUUUCCUGCUGCUGCUGGGACUUGUCCUGAUGGUGCCCUCAUUCCAGGCCCCACCUGGUUUAACCCGUUCCCAGUGGUUUGAAAUCCAGCAUAUAAGGAAUAGUACUACCAUCCGAUGUAAUGCUGCAAUGCUGGGAGUUAACAAUUAUACGGGAAGAUGCAAGGGCAAAAAUACUUUUCUUCAUACAACUUUCGCUGAUGUUGUUGAUGUCUGUUAUAACACAAAUACUACCUGCAGGAACGGACGAACAAAUUGUCAUAAUAGUUCAUCUCCAGUAUCUAUAACUUACUGUAACAUCACAUCUCAUUCAACAAAUUAUACACUAUGCAAAUACCAAACAACAUUAGACACGAAGUCCUACACAGUUGCUUGUGAAAACAGAACCCAACAGGAUAAUACCACCUAUCCAGUGGUGCCAGUUCACUUGGAUAAUAUAUUUUAGAUGGCUCCAGCACCACCACUUUGUACCUUUAAUCGUCAGCUAAUGUUACGACAAUCCUAGUGCUGAAGAACCAAUUCCUCCGCUGCACUGACUAUCAGGACCUGUCCUCAUGAAACCUGUCCGUGGCUCCCUUCAAAUUUAGCUGAACAGAGUCUUCUUAAUCAAUAAACACCUUAGCAUACUCA